AGAGAGCCCUAGAAUAGAUUUCCCAUAGGCGAAAAACAUGGUAUCAUCAGGCAGUACUCCCUUCACUUCCCUCUGACAAUCACUGUACUCCGAGGGGGACUGGGCUUCAAUAUUCUUAGAAGCGACUGUCACUGAAGAAUUAAGCACAUCAUGCUUCACCACCUCCUAAGGAGGCAAUGUUUUUAAAACUGCGGUUUUCCAGCAGUCACACCACAUUGUUUAGAGGUGAAGAUAGAGGAGAUGAAUACUGAUGAACAUGUACCUAUGGUAAAGAUAGAAAAUGUCACCUCCACAGCCAAUGAUUCUCCAGUGGUCACACCAGAGAGUUUACAGGUGAAGAUAGAGAAGCCGGACACUGAGGGUCAUGUGACCGCAUUGAAAGUAGAAAAUGUCCCAUGCGCAGCCAAUGCCGAUACACCAGAGAGUUUACAGAUGAAGACAGAAGGGCCGGAUACUGAGGGUCAUGUGAUCACAAUAAAGAUACAAAAUGUCACAUGCGCAGCCAAUGACGACAGCUUGAAUAUUACCCAACCAGACCAGAGAACAGUGAAACUCAGACCAAUACCACACAGCGCAAUAGUACAUAGAGAUAAUGAUUAUUACCACAGACUGGAUAUUUCCCAGCAGUCAUUUGAAAACGAUGAAGAAUUAACAGAACUUGAACAACACACAUUAUACCCAGCAAGGAAGAAAGACAUGAUUCACUCUGGAGAAUCUAUAAAACGCUUUGCAGGCAAGUCAGGUCUCCUAAAAUCCCAAAGGAUUUAUAACGGAACAAAGCCGUUCACAUGUAUGGAGUGUGGGAAAUGUUUCACGCAAAAGAGUUAUCUCACAUAUCAUGCAAGAUGUCACACUGGGGAGAGACCAUUCACUUGUACAGACUGUGGGAAAUGCUUUGCAGUCAAGUCAGUCCUCCUAAGACACCAAAUGAUUCAUACAGGGGAGAAGCCAUUUACGUGUGCCGAGUGCAGCAAAUGCUUCAUACAAAAGUCCGACCUUCUAGAGCAUGAAAGGCUUCACAGAGGGGAAAAACCAUUCGCAUGUACAGAGUGUGGGAAAUGUUUCACAAGAAAGAAUAAUCUCAGAUCUCAUGAAAGGCUCCAUACAGGGGCCAAACUAUUCCGUUGUGUGGAAUGUGGCAAAAGUUAUUUAAAUAAAUUAAAUCUCCUAAUACACCAAGUAACUCAUACAGGAGAGAAGCCAUUCACGUGCUCUGAAUGCGGCAGAAGCUUUGCACACAAGUCACAUCUCUUAAGACACCAAAAGCUUCAUACUGAGGAGACACAGUUCACAUGUACAGAAUGUGGGAAAAGUUUUACAAGAAAAAGUAAUCUCAGAAGCCACGAAAAGAUUCAUACAGGGGAGAAACUCUUCCCAUGUGCAGAGUGUGGCAAAACGUUCACAAAAAUGACGCAUCUCAGGUCUCAUGAAAGAAUCCAUACAGGAGAGAAGCGUUUUACAUGUAUGGUAUGUGGCAAAAAUUGUGCGCACAAGUCAGGUCUUCAAAGGCAUCAGAAGAUUCACACGGGGGAGAAGCCUCACACCUGCACGGAAUGUGGGAAAAGCUUUGCACACAAGUCCACUCUACUGCAACAUCUAAUGAUCCAUACAGAGGAGAAGCCAUUCACCUGCAUGGAGUGUGGGAAAUGCUUCACACAAAGGAAUAGUCUCACUUGCCAUGAAAGGACUCACACAGGGGAGAAACUCUUCAUUUGUACAGAAUGUGGAAAAAACUUUACAUCCCGGUCAAUUCUCCUAAGACACCAGAAGCUUCACACAGGGGAGAAACCAUUCACAUGUACUGAAUGUGGCAAAAGCUUCACACAAAAAAGCCAUCUCUUGUCUCAUGAAAGAAUCCACACGGGACAACGUAUUCACUUGUACUGAGUGUGGGAAAAGUUCUUAACGCAAUCUAUAUAUCAUAUACAUAGAAUAUAGAAAAGCUUUACACAAAAGGGAGAUCUCCUAAAGUAUUCACCUAAUUAUUAAAGGACCAUUAAACUUGACAUUUCAACAACAUAUAAAAUGUUUCAUUAUUGCGAGAGAAACAUUAUUGCAAUAUACCUUCAUUAUUUAUUUUGCAGUCUUUUGCUGUAAAAUACUUCUACAAAUUGUGCUUGUUUGACUUUCUCCCAUAUAGACUUGGGUUAAUACUUUUAGGCAUUUUAUGUGAGCUUUUGUUUACUUUCCUUCCCUCCCUAAGUUUCUAUGGUGUCACUUGCUUUUAAAAGGUGGAUUAUCAGUUUUUUAUCAACAAUCAUGAUAGGAAUAUAAUUCUUUGCAAUAGUAACUAAGUUGAAGCAGUGCUAAACCUCCUUAAGGGAAUACAAAAGGGCAGACGACUCCAGUCUGAACAUGUGCUAUAUCUGAAUAUUAGUUUGCAGGGGUUCUUUUGUUCAGGGGGACAGGGAAAUCAGUGAAAAGAAUAAACACAAAAUAAUAUACUCA